AUGACAACGACAACUACAACUACGACAGCAGCACUACAGAAAUACCUUUCAAGUUAUAGCCUUGCUUUGGCUGAAGACCCUUCCAAAGGACGCAAGGUGGUUGCCACGUCGUUGAUCGAACGCGGAUCCAUCGUUACUACAUCGCAACCUCUGGGAACAGUUCCGCUCAAGGCGCAUCGUAAUGAGUUUUGCAACUAUUGUUUCAGAAAGCUUGGAGCGUCUCAAUACAGCACUACACCUCUCAAGCGAUGCUCACGAUGCAAGUCAGCUUACUUUUGCGACAUGAAUUGCUUCAAGAAUGCCUGGCUCAGCUAUCAUCAGUAUGUAUGUCGACCCAAGAGUAGCGAUGAAGAAGAGGACGACGACGACGAGGACAAGGAGGAGAAUGUGUUAUCCAUGGAUGUGGAGAUGUUGGAACGUGUUGCUUUGAAUGCUACUCGUUAUCACAAACGCAAAGCCAAGAUGGAUCAGGAAGAAGAAGAAGAAGGAGUAUCAGGAUCAUCAUCAUCCAAUGGACAUGAAGAAGAUGUGGAACAAGAGGAAGAAUCGGUUGAGGUAACCAUGGAAGCAUUCGAGUCAUUGAUGGAUCAUGGCAACAAACAUUCAAGACAUGUGCAAGAGCAUUUUGCCAAAGUUGCUCAAAGGGCAAUGAGCAAGUCGUAUUUGGAAGACACGCCUUUGACGCAACAAGAUCUGAUACGUUUCAUGGGCCGGUUCCGAUGCAACAAUUUCAGCAUUUACGACCAACAAUUAUUUGCCAUUGGUGAAGGUACUUAUCCAGUGGCCUCCUUGUUCAACCACGAUUGUCGUCCCAACGCUGCCAUUUUGUUCGAUGGUGCAUUACUGAUGGUGAAGGCUAUUGAUGAUAUUGAACCGGGACAUGAGAUCACAGUGGCCUACGUGGAUAUUGCUCAUUCAAGAACGGUUCGCAAGCAGACGUUGAAGGACAAGUACUAUUUUGAAUGUCGAUGUGAUCGAUGUCGUGAUGAUAAUCCCGUGGGUCGAAUCGACGCCAUGUUGGGAGAAGAGAUGUCGGAUUGGGAUCGAGCUGCCAGCUUGUUACAAGAAGGAGAAGAAAAUGGCGAUACCGAUCGUGCACGGAUCUUGCAGUUACUGGAAAAGGAUUGGGAUCUGCUGAUGCUCACACGCCGUUUCAAUCGUCAUAACAAUGAAGUACCCGACACAGAUGAACCAUUGACAUUACCUUAUUACGUCCAUUUCUUGUUGCCAUUCUUGACUCCUUAUUUAUGGGCCACAAGCAAUCCUGCCAUUCGAUUUGUGGGUGGAUCAACACCGGUCGGCACAUCCAUGACCAUUCAACACAUUACAGAGUUUGAUGAUCCACCUACUGCAUUCGCACGUCCUUAUCCAGGUGAAACCUACCUUGAAGUAUUGGGAAAUGCGAUUGACAAGACGCUCUCGUACAAGACCCCUGAUCGUGUCAUUCCAUAUCGUAUCACCACAUUGGCCAAUUGCACUCGUCUCUUUUUUGAUGAAAUGAUGGAGGGUCAUUGGCGAAAUGCUACCAAACUCGGCAUGUAUAUCCUCGUUCAAUACGCCAUCAUUUAUCCACCUUAUCAUCCCAUGCUUGCACAACACUUGCUACUGCUCGCCAAAUCAGCCUGGAAUUCGAUCAUCCAAAACGAACUCGUUACACAAACAAAGCAACUUGAAAAGGUGCAGGAACGAGGUGUCAGGCGAUGGAUCUUGCUUGCCAAGGAAACGAUUGCACAUACAUUCGGAAAACAAAGUCAAAUGUGGCGCGAGGUGAUUGAGCUGGAAUGGAUCUUUAUUCGGGAACAAAAGUUGAAAAAGUAG